AUGAGAAUAACAUUCCCCAACCCACUCGGACCACCCAUAACGGUAGAUACCGCCUACCUCAACUCUCUACGGGGUAACGGACUGAUAUCGAGUCUUCAACGUCGACCUCAUUUCAAAUUACUCGCUUUCAUAUUCCUCGUGGCUUUGUUAUUCACCGUCCAUCCCCGGCCCCCCUUCCCACCUUCCUAUGCUGUCGAGUGGAGGCAGGAGGCGAGUCUGCCCCAGAUCAAGAAUGAUAUAGGUGUAGGCGAAGGGAAGAAUGGAAGAUAUGUCAAGUUUGAUGUACCGAGAGGGACUGGAUUCAAUCAUCAGUUACAAAGGGUAUUAUUACAACAUCACUUGGCCGUGUUGGGGAAUCGAUCAUUGGCUUUUGAACCUUACGUAGAGGAUGAUACGUACCUCCCAUUCGUGGUAUCCCACUGGCCAUGGCGUUCAGCGAGAAUACCUCUUUCAGCGUAUAUAUCAACGGUGAUAUCUGGAUUCGAGAAGUUGUAUAAAUCGCCUAGAGCUGUACCUGCUCAUUACUACCGAAAUGUCUGUCCGUCGUACAAAGAACAACUACAUAAUAUACGAAAUGAUCUCAACCCCGAUGGUGAUUUGGAACUGGUAGCGGAUGGUCAAUCUAGGAUACAUCAGAUUCAAGUUUUGUUAGCAGGGAGUGAACAGAGUUGUGUAAGGAUAACAGGUGAACCAUUUGAUGAUGACUUCUUCGACUCGACCGCUUCGCUCGAUUUGUACGAUACCUUUGUGAAAUCCCCCGUGAUGAAGCACUUUACCUUCUCUCCCACUGUCCUAGCCAUCAUAAAUCGCGCUUUACACUCCCUCUCACCUGAAUCCUUACCUUACGACCUAUCCGCCGUGAGCCAUUCGACGAGCACCGAGCCGCAUAAGACAACUGUAUGGAAACAUAUCUUGGCGAUGCAUUUGAGGAGGAGUAAGAACUGGGGGGAGGUAUGUAAUGAGAAAGGUGAACGUGCAGCCCCCUUCGUGUCAUUCAAUAAACUUCCCAAACUCCCAGGGAACGAGAACGUCCCUCCACCCUCUUCAAUGGUAGAAGCGACCCGUAUGGGAUUAUACAAAGCGAAAUGUCUACCUGCGACUCUCGACAUAAUAGCCCGUGCGAGACGGAUGAGGAAGAACCACCCUUUGUUGAGAUCUGUGUAUAUACUGACAGACGCAGAUGAUAAUUGGAUAAACGAAAUCAGGAUGUGGUUACAAUCUGAAGGAUGGGAUAAUGUCUGGAUAGGGAAACAUGAUAUAUACCCCGAAUGGCAGGAUAAGGAAGUUGGAGUGGCGGUUGACAUGGAGAUUGCCAGAAGAGCAGGAGUGUUUGUUGGGAAUGGGUUCUCAACGACUAGCUCGAAUAUAGUCUUACUAAGAUCAAGAGAUGGUAUACAUCCUGAUUUGACGCAGUUCUGGUAA